AUGCCAGUACAUACAGUGACCAUCCAUCUCUAUGUAAUUCAUCGUUUGGCAGAUGAGCAUGGCGCCAGCGAGCCGGCUGCUGGUCCUGCUGCUCGUGGCACAUCAUGGGCAAAGCGCCAUUGCAGGUCCGCAUCAUGCAAUCCGAUCGCCAGCAAGCUUGCAAACCACCCUUCUCUUCAUCGCGCCUUCCAGCAUGUUUCAGCGACUCGCCAUGAUGCUGUCGGCCACUGGAGGCUCGAGGAGGCGAAGAAGCAGCGACCGCCAAGGCGGAUCUGCCCCGGGAGCUGCUGCGUCAUCUGCCGACUCAUCUGAGUCAGUCACGCCAUGUGAGCCGCAGCUGCAGAGCCUCACAUGCGGUAGAGAGGAGGGAGAUCUGGUGCUGAAGGAGGCUGCGGGAUGCAUCGACGACCUGAGGGAGAUGGCCAAGACAGCGAUGGGAGAGAUGGAGCAGCUGGAGGAUCAGAUCAAGCAGCUGUUCGUCGCAAAUGGCGGCAUCCUGCAGCCACGGCAGACAGAGGACCGCAUUCGGCUCAAUGUGGGCGGCACUGUCAUGUCAAUCCCCGUGUCGGCGCUUCUCCAUCCCAAGAUGAAGCAGACAUACCUCUCGACGCUGCUUCUGCACUUCACCGACCAGCUGCCGAAGGACGCCAAUCAGCUGCCAUUCCUCGAGAUGCACCCGCCCUACUUCCGCUGGCUGCGUGACCAGCUGGCGCUGCUCGAGAGCCCCCACCUCGAUGAGAUCAGCCUGCACUCACCGGAGGCCGACGAUCCCUCUCAUGCCGAGUACCACUCGCUGUUCAUGCAGACGCUGGGCGGUGCCAUCGAGAUUGGGGAGCAGCCACAGUCAACUGGCACGGCGGCAGAGGGCGGCGGGGAGGGCGGCGCAGAGAGAGGCUUUCGGCAGAUGGAGCAGUGCAUGCGACGCUACGAGGGCCUGCUCGACGGGCUUCGCAAGCAGAAGGAGAAGAUGGAGGCCUUCUUGGUGGCCAUGGGGCCGUUCAUCAAGGGUGACAGCAGCGAUGAGGACACCCAGGUGAUGACACUCAGUGUGUCUGAUGAGGAUGUGUCGGUCCUCCGCCGUACGAUGGCCCUUCUCGGGCCAGACCAUGUGCUUGUGAAGCGGUUUGACCGGUGCGAAAGCGAAAGAGCAGCACAGAGGACGAUGACACAUUGCCUGUGUGGGUUUCAGGACUCAGUGGCCCGACCAGGAGGUGCGCCAGACGUCCCUCAGGUUGCUGCAGCUCGUCGUCGACUUUGCCCGCCGUUUUGCCAUGCCGUCCGGCCGAUUUGUCCAUCCGCCGGUGGUGGCGCCGCACGAGAAGGCCAUCUUCGGUGUCGAGUUGGGAAUGUACGGCCUCAGUUCGAUGCCGCCGGUGCCGGGGGACAGCACGAUCAUCAAGACGGCCGACGAGUGGCUGGCGGUGAUGAAGAUGGCCGACAAGAGGAUCGCUGUCGCGCCGUCACUGCUGUACAAGUGAGCUCAGACAGACAUGCCGGGCACACAGAGAUCGUUGUUGUGCGCUGAUAUCAGGUCGAGUCGUGACACGUUUGGAUAUCCGUCUUUCCUCAACAAUGUGACCGGCAAGAGCGGCCUGCUGUUCGCCCUCCGAGAUGGCGACACGCACCGAUUCGGAGCCUUCAUCGAUGGCGAACUCAAGCCACCAGACGACCCCAAGCAGGGCAACAUCUACAAGGUGCCCGUCUUCCUUUAUUCCCUGUCGGGUGCGUACGAGACGCCGACCAAGAUCGAGCUACCCAAGGACAAGCAGACGGUGGGGGUGGCCGGCACAGAGGGGGCGGCGAAGGACAAGAACGACGUGCCGCGUGCCAAUGUGGCCAUUGCCAACGGCAGCCUCUGGUUGGGCUUUGCCAAUCCUGGUCCGGCGGCCGACCUCAGCAGCUGCCAGCAGUGGAUAAGGAGGCAGCACCUAGCGAACGGAUACAGCGGCGGGAUCAACACGAAGGAUGAUGAGGGCUACCUCGCCAGGAAGCUCAACUUCACUGCGAGCGAGAUCGAGGUUUGGCACGUGCAGGUAACUCAGGGAUAUGAAAGGCGUUGGGCACACCGACAUGUAUCAGACUGUGUGUCUAUGUCUUCUGCAGGCACCUCGCCAGCACGCUCAGCUUCACGUGCGAUGA